CGAAAUCCACAUGAUUUGUCAGAACGAUCAAGGCCAACUGAAAGAAUAAAACACCGUCGUUUUCACUUAGUUGCUGACUUCUUGCUCAUUUUGACUUCUUUCCAUUUCUGUCCCUACUGAUCUAUAAACCCGACUCAGAUCUCUCCUCUGUCCAAGCUUCUCUAACACUUCGAUCUCUUCUCAACUCCCCAUUGCGGCAGAAAUGACGUCGUUUCGGUGCUUUUUAAUUCUCUCCCUCAUAUCUCUCCUUCUCUUUUCAACUCUCACCCCUUCCUUCUCCAAGACUGCUAAAAACGACGACGCUGAAGACGACGAGGAUCUCCGCUUCCUCGAAGAAACGGAAGGCAAAAACGACGCAGCUUCUUCUCACUCCCAUUUCAACGAAGAAGACAACGACGAUCAAUACUCCGACUUAGACGACGACGACUUCGGAAACUACCAAGAUUUCGACGACUCCGAUUCGGAUCCGUACAAAGAACCGAAAGUCGACGACAAGGACGUCGUCGUUUUAAAAGAGGGAAACUUCAGCGAAUUCAUCGAAAAGAACAAGUUCGUGAUGGUAGAAUUUUACGCGCCUUGGUGUGGACAUUGCCAGGCGUUGGCUCCUGAAUAUGCGACGGCGGCGACGGAGUUGAAAGGAGAAGGAGUGGUGUUGGCCAAGGUGGAUGCCACGGAGGAGAAUGAGCUGGCACAAGAGUAUGAUGUGCAGGGUUUCCCUACUGUUUAUUUCUUUGUUGAUGGAGAGCAUAAGCCUUAUCCCGGUGCUAGAAACAAGGAGGCGAUAGUGACCUGGAUUAAGAAGAAGAUAGGACCUGGUAUAUACAACAUUACCACCGUGGAGGAUGCUGAACGCAUUUUGACUUCUGAAACUAAAGUUGCCUUGGGCUACUUGAAUUCUUUGGUGGGUUCUGAGAGUGAGGAACUUGCUGCUGCUUCAAGACUUCAAGAUGAUGUCAGCUUCUAUCAAACUGUGAAUCCUGAUGUUGCGAAGCUUUUCCACAUAGAUCCUCAAGUUAAACGACCCGCUUUGGUCGUACUUAAAAGGGAGGCUGAAAAAAUAAGCCACUUUGAUGGUCAGUUUGUCAAGACUGCAAUAUCUGAGUUUGUAUUUUCCAGCAAGCUUCCUUUGGUUACAAUAUUUACUAGGGAAAGUGCUCCUUCGAUUUUUGAAAGCUCAAUUAAGAAACAGCUGUUGUUGUUUGCCACAUCAAACAUUUCUGAGAAGGUUAGCCCAGUAUUCCAAGAAGCAGCAAAACUUUUUAAGGGAAAGCUUAUCUUUGUUUAUGUGCAAGUGGAUAAUGAAGACUUUGGAAGACCUGUUGCAGAUUAUUUCGGUGUCAGUGGAGAUGGUCCCAAAAUCCUUGCAUACACUGGAAAUGAUGAUGCUAGGAAGUUUGUCUUUGAUGGAGAGGUGACAUUGGAUAAAAUUAAGGGCUUUGGAGAGGAUUUUUUAGAAGACAAGCUUAAACCAUUCUAUAAGUCAGACCCCAUUCCUGAAACUAAUGACGAGGAUGUGAAAGUAGUGGUUGGCAAUAACUUUGAUGAAAUUGUUUUAGAUGAGUCCAAGGAUGUCCUUCUUGAGAUCUAUGCACCUUGGUGUGGCCAUUGCCAAGCAUUGGAGCCAACAUACAACAAGCUUGCCAAACAUCUUCGAGAAAUUGACUCUCUGGUUAUUGCCAAAAUGGAUGGGACAACAAAUGAACAUCCUAGGGCAAAGUCUGAUGGGUUCCCCACGAUUCUGUUCUUCCCAGCAGGAAACAAGAGUUUUGAUCCUAUAACUGUGGACACUGACCGCACUGUAGUGGCAUUAUAUAAGUUCCUCAAGAAACAUGCUUCAAUCCCUUUUAAACUCCAAAAACCAGUUUCAGCUCCCAAAGAAACCAAGACUUCUGACUCCAAGGAGAGUGACAAGAGCAGCAGUGCGGAUUUGAAGGAUGAGUUAUGACCUGAUCAGAAGGAUUCAAAUUGAGGAUUUUAAAUCACAUCCCAAGUAAUGUGCCUUAUAUGUGUUAUCAAUAGUUAGAAAAAGGGAAUAGCUAUAAGAUAGAUCCAAAAUAGAAAAGAGGAAUCCGAAAAUUGUCAUGGUCGUUCAAACGUUAGUCCCAGACCUUUCUCUUGUCGAGAAGAAGAGGGAAACCAAAAGGGUGUAUUUGCAUUUGGUCAUUGUUUCAACUAUGUAUCUCUGAAACGUAUUCUGAAAAAUAAAUGGCUCCUUCCUUAUUACCCCAUAUCUGUUACCAUCUUUU